AUGGCCAACCAAGAUGUCUUUGCUGCUAUGGGCAUAGCUGGUUUUGGUAAGACCCAGAGGAAGAAAGGACUCGACCCUCGUCGCUUCGAUCAAGCGAAACGCGAGGCACCAGAAACCUCCUCUAUCGCUGUAGCUGGACCCUCCAACAGUGACUCAGAUGAGCCCGGUCCUCGUCAACCACAUAAAUCCAGGGCGGCCGAGGCUGACGACGACGACGACGGCGACGCUGGCUCUGGGUUCGAGGAGCCAGAGUAUGACCCAGACACCGAACAAAUAGAUGCUUCAGAGCCAGAAUUCCCCAUUACACACGAGGCCAUACUCAAGGAGCACACCAAGGUCAUCUCCGCACUUGCUGUCGAACCAUCUGGCGCACGUGUGUUGAGCGGCUCUCAUGACUACGACUGCAAGCUCUGGGAUUUUGGUGGAAUGGGAACCAGCCCACGCUCAUUCAAGACUUGGGAACCUGCGGGGAGCUAUUACGUCAAUGACGUGAAGUUCUCAAAUAACGGACAACAAGUACUUGUCAUCUCUGGUACUAUUCAGGCAAAGAUAUUUGAUCGCGACGGAGAGGAAAAGGCCGCUUUCGUCAAGGGUGAUAUGUACAUCCGAGACAUGAAAAACACCUCUGGCCACGUCGGCGAGCUAACACAAUGUGCAUGGCACCCCAAAGAUCCACAGUCGUUCAUCACAAGCUCAGCUGACUCGACAAUAAGAAUUUGGGACGUCGAGAACAAGCGUAAACAGAAGACCGUCAUCGUCGUCAAAUCAAAGGAAAGAGGUGCACGAACUAAGGUUUUAAGUUGCGCAUACUCAGCAGACGGGCGGGUCGUCAGUGGAGCCUGUCUUGAUGGCGCUCUUCAUGUGUGGAAUAUGUCGUCCAACUUUGUUCGUCCUGACAAGACAAUUGAGGGUGCGCAUGCCAUGGGCACCGAAACCGGAUCCGUUGUAUUCUCCGUAGACGGACAUACCGUGCUAACUAGGGGCGGAGAUGAGACGGUCAAGUUAUGGGACUUGCGUGCGUUUAAGAAACCGCUUGCGACUCGGACCGAUAUUACGACACCAUAUCCGGGGACGAACGCCAUCUUCAGUCCUGACGAGAAGUACAUCCUCACAGGGUGCGGCUCGAUAACUAAAGGGGCCAGGGGCAAGUUGAUGUUCUUAAAGCGUGACACUCUGGAGGUGGCCAAAGAAGUCGACAUGGACGCAACACCGGUGAAAGUCCUCUGGCAUUCCAAGAUAAAUCAAAUUGUGGCCGGUCUGUCGAACGGGGCGAUUAGUGUGCUUUAUUCUCCCGUGACAUCGCUUAAUGGCGCGAAGUUGCUCCUGUCAAAGGGCGCCCCGAAGAAACCCACUGUGGAGGAUAUGUCAGAUGCGUUGGCCGCACCCGCCAUUAUGACACCACACGCGCUACCCAUGUUCAAGGAGAGCGAUGGUAUUGUGAAAACGACGAAGCGGAAGCGGGAGAAGGACCGAAUGGAUCCACGGAAGAGCAGAAGGCCAGAACUACCUGUGACGGGACCGGGUCGUGGUGGCCGCGUCGGUGCGAGUGCGACGCAGCAUAUCGUACAGCACCUGGUUCGCGAUACCACCCGCGACGAAGACGUGAGUUCUUGUUUCUGUUUCAGACCCUUUCUUGGCGCGAACCCUCGCGUCUGUCGCGUCCUCACGUGA